AUGGCACCAGAAGGAAGGCACUACGCCAAUAAGUUGGUAUUGGAACGCAAUGCCAACGGUACCAUUUAUGGCGUAGCGGAGUUGUGUCAAGUGCAGCUGAAGCGCGGUAACGUCAUCACGAUGGUGUCUUAUCAAACAGGCCAAUACAAGAACCUUCUCAAUGGCACCAACUCUCGCAAUGUAACCUACAAAGCGAGAAUGAACGUGAGAAAUCCGAGUGUGUUCGACAAGUACAGAGCAACACAUGGCAUGACCACAAGCUCGUCGGACAAUUCCCACCAUCCAUGUCCAAGCGACAACGAGGAGGAGUACGACGAGGAGGCGUACAAUGAUGAUAUGUAUGAACAUGGACAGGCUGCCCACAAUGAGGGCCAGAGUGAUGACUCGGAUGGAGGCGACGAGAUGGAUGAUGAGCCACACUACGAGUCGUACGGUGGUGGUGGUGGUGGUGGUGGUGGUAUGGACAACAGUGAUGGCGAGCAAACACAGACCGGUACCAUUGAACAUGCGCAUGUUCCAAUGAUGGAGGAUGUGCCACAGUUGCAGGACACAUUGAUGAACACACACUAUUACAAUGAUGGCGACAAAGUCUAUGCGAUGUCGAUUGAGGUAGACGUUGGAACCUGGUGGCCUGGCACAGUCAAGUCAUCUGAUUACGAUGAGCACAAUGAAGUGAUGUCGUAUGUUGUCAAAUUCGAUCAAGGAACAGAUAGUCAGUUGACUGUACAAGAGAACGUGUGCAUUUCCACUGCCUACACUCAACAAGAUGACAGCAAUACGAAGCUAAAGAUGACAGUUCCGUUCAGGGCGUGUGCGGACGGAGCGUCCGAGGCAAAGAACAAAAAUCUAGCUGACAAGUUGAGGAAGCUACCUGAAGACAGUUCAAUCGAUAUUGAGUGGCCACAAUUGAUUCCAGUCUUGGAAUUCGCUAUGAACAGCGCAGUGAGCAAGGCCACCAAGCUGACACCAUUCCAAGUCGUAUAUGGCAAGCAACCACUGGCACCAAUCAUGAUGCUCAACCCAAAGUUGGAGAACAGCGCACAACCAUGGGAUCUGGUCGUGGACAUUGCACGAGAGAACACACUGGAAUCACAGAUCGAUCAAGCAGGGCAAUACAACAAAGGGAGUCAGCCGAUGUAUAUCAGGAAAGGUGACAAAGUGCUGAUCAAAAGGAAGUACUUUGACACCAAGGAGAAGCUGUGGGAAGGCGAGGAUAAGCUAUCAGCCAAGAACGUCGGUCCUUUUCUCCAAAUUAUUUGUAUUCUUUAA